AUGGGGGCUCGAUCUCGCGCAGGUUGUUUGUCCUGCAGGCGUCGGAAGAAGAAAUGUGAUGAACAGAAACCUAUCUGCACAGCCUGUUUGCGCAAUAGUCUUGGCUGUCUGUGGCCAGACUUAAGUCCACAGGGAGGAUUGACAUCGCAACUACAGGCAUUGGACACGCGACCUGCAAUUGAAGGUGCGCGGACCCUCGCCUUUGUUGCACAUCCCAAUUUCCCGACUAGAUCAAUUCCAUCGAGUCCGUCCAACUUCGCUCUUCCGGGGUCUAUCCCGCCAGUGUCUGAGACGUGGCGACUUCUAGAUCAUUACCUGAAGGACACUGCCAACCGUUUGUCAUGUUUGCAAGACAGCCAAAACCCGUUCCUGCAUACACUGCUCCCGGCUGCUCUCAAUGACGAGCUUCUAAUGAAUUCGAUUCUGGCCCUGUCUGGGGCACAUAUGAUGCAGCGACUUCCUCAGUUAGAUCGGGAAAUGCAGUCUCUGACCUGGUCAAGCUAUAAUCGGGCAUUGAAGCAGCUUAGAGUUGCCUUAUCAACGGAUUUCAGUACAGGCACUAGUAUGGAUGCAGCUUGGCGCGCUUUGCUAGUUGUCUUAAUAUUUUAUUUAUUAGAGGCUACUAGAGGUACCGACCACAAGGCUAUGCAAAGGCACCUCGACGGCGCGCACCACUUGAUGGCCUAUGCCGUACGCUCGGCCUUUAAUCACACUCAGACCAGCAUUGUAUCGUUAACAACAGAGCUAUACGUGUAUCAUUCUUCUCUUGCGUCAUUCACAACGAAUUGCCCACCCACAUCACUACCCAUAUCUUCGAUCGAUUCUCCCAUAGCGCCUGCCAACAUUGAUGGCGUAAUGUGCGGCUGCGCUUAUGAAAUGUUCACAUAUGUGCCGAGGGUUUCGGCUCUCUUAUGGGACUUUAUGUCACAUGACCCGGAGCUGCGCCGGAAGGAUUUCAUUAUCCAAUACCAUGAGAUAAGUGCUCGGAUUAGAGCUUGGGAGCCGUAUAGCGAACAACCAGGCAUGGUCCCCUGUGCAAAACUUUAUCAACAAAGCCUCCUACUACUUUUGGAAUCUCAUUUUGCGGGUAAUGCCGGUAAUGGGGCACAAAUUAACAUUGAGCACGCCUUUGAAAGUCUCGAAUCGCUGCUUGCACGCUUGCCUCCAACCUCACCCAUUGCCACCACGGCCACUUGGCCUCUCUUUGUCUUUGGGAUCCUCGCUCAACAUAGCCACCACAAAAUGCUGAUUCGUACCUAUCUACAGUGUUUGCGCAGGUGCGAUGAAACUAGACCUAGUUGUCGAGAGUGCUCGAGGAAGGGCUUCAUAUGCCCUGGGUAUCAGAAAAAGCCUCUAGAAUGGCGAUAUGUUUUCCAAGAUGGGGAUCAAGGUGAAGAUCAAGAGCAAAUUCAGUUUGACUCGCCACCAACAGUGGAGCCAUCAGAAUCGCUUAUUGCUCUAGCACAAGAUGCUUCCGGAGGCAUAGAAAGCGACACGGAGGCUAGCCACAGCAAGCACCUACAAGAGCUGUGGGACGAGGCGAGCUCCACAAUAUUGGACCAACUUCCAGACGUUGAAACGUCUAUGGAUCUCCGUUCCAAGCCAGACUUCAGGUUGAACGAUAUCACUGUUUUCAAGACGACAACACAAUCAGAUAGCCUGGCAAGUCUGCAUCGCCGACUGGCUAAUACAGCGGUACCCGCUUUUCUGAUUCACAUGCCAGCCAUUCUAGUCCAAUACUACUUUGACUUUGUCUGCAAAGCAUGGUCAUCGUUUGACUCGCCUUUGAAUCCAUUCCGGCUCAUCGUCAGUCGCCUUUGGAGUCAAAAUGCGGCAAUCUACUAUGCUAUUCAGAGUAUGGCGGCGGCCUCGCUUGCAAAUGAUUUUCCGAGUAUGAGGGCGAUUGGGAUUCAAACACAACAACAAGCAAUUGCAUGUCUUCGAAACAAUCCUCGCAUAGGUUCGCUGCAUCGAGAUGAUCACGAUGACGAGUUUUUCCUUGCUCUUCUAAUGAUCGGCUUAACAACAGCUUGGCACAACGCCUCCGACUUGGGGCUGGAAUAUUUGAAAGAGGCGAAGGAUUACCUCGUGAACCAGCAACAAAUGUGUCAGAGUCCCGAAUCUACGUUUGCAAAACAAUACCCUCUUUUCCAGCAAUGCUUGCUUUAUUGGAACAUGAUGGCCGCUUUUGUGGCUGAGGACUCGCUGCUUCUGAGUGAAGAGAAGGUGCUGGAAAGACCUGACACAGAGAUGUCGGUAUACUUGGUGGAUGGUCAAGCCCUUCCUCAUCCAUGGACAGGGCCACUUUCUAAAUCAAUCAGCCUUUUCUACCAAACGGCUAAAUUGAUUCGAGCUGCCCGUAUCUCCUAUCGCACCCGCGACGAAGAUCUAGAUCUAGCAAAUAUUGAUUUUGACUUUCUCGUCGAGGAGAUAAACCAACAUGGAACAGCCGAACGGCUUGAAGAAGAAAUCUUGUUUACAGGUAUUUCUUCUUACUGUGGACCGGUUGAUAUUGGGGAUACAGACACGCCCCCAACCCACUUCAUCACUCUAGCAGAAGCAUAUCGCUGCACAGCCCUACUUCAAAUCUACCAUGUCUUCCCCGACAUUCUAGAUGAGCGUCUUAGACGCGAAAAGUCCCCAGAGCAAGAACCUUCCGUUCUCUUCUCUCUUCUCUUUGGACCAGAUUCCACAUUACCCACGGUGGAAGAAGCACGUCGGGUAUUGGCACUCCACAUCGUAUCGCUUCUUGAUCAAAUACCUCCCACAUCUGGAACUAGAUGUAUGCACCCUGUAGUUCUUACCUGCAUUUCGAGCGAUCUUGUGUUUUCAAAUCAAUCUCUUUUCGGUCCCGCGGCGAAUGCCAUUGCUUGUUUAAGCGCCUUAGACGUGGAGAUUGCUCAGGCUCGGCGAAAGGUUAGUAUGUGGUUUUCGGAACUUACCUUGAUUCUUCCAAAAUUGCGGUUACAACGCAUGUCUCGCAUUGUGCACGAAACUUGGAGUAGAGCGGAUGCUGGCGUUAGUGAAUAUUGGCUGGACAUAAUGCUUGAACAUAACCUUGAGACUAUGAUGGGAUAA